GUGCUUGGAAAUUAUUAAGUGAAAAAAUUAACACUUUAGAAUAAUGUAGCUUGUUUUUAAGAGUGACCAAAUUAUUUCGAUAAGCAUGUAUUUCUAUUGUAUUGCUUUUAUUAUUUGCAGCUUCCUUUUUCUCAAGGUCCAGCUCCACACAGCUCGUUGUACCACAUAUCUUGCAAGGCCGUGGGAGGAAGCAACAGCUCCCAUAUCUUCAGAGCCAUUUCAUUCAAGAUGUAAACAUUCCAGAUGGAACCCUGGUUGCCUCAUUAACUUCAUUCACUAAAAUAUGGCAUUUGGUCAAUAAUGGCAUGAUUCCGUGGCUCUGCGGAUCACAACUGGCAUGGAACGGGGGAUACCAGUUUACUACUGCUGGUUUAGUUUCUGCCGCAGAUCCCUGGUGAUGGAUGCCCUGUGGGAGCAUAGCUAGACAUUGCUAUAUUUCUUACUGGAGGAUGAUGUCACCUUCUGGUGGAAUGUUUGGGGAGCGGAUUUGGGUACUGAUCAAGGUUGAUACUUCAUUACUUGACUCUUUGUUGGACAUGAAGGCUCCACCAUUGAGUAACGCUAAGCCAACAACUCAGAUUAUAGACAUGAACACUGUGCCUGUGAAUCUUGAAGUCUUGAUGGCAAUGGUUGAUGAGGUCAUGAGUGAGAAAGAGCUUGAUGUUGAUGGUUGGAGUUCUAGCAAUUCAGUUCUCAUUUCUCCAGAAGUAGCUCCUGCAUUGCCAUCUUACCCGGUCAUUCCACCUCCUAGGAUCCUCUACCUUUUGUGUCUGAUGCACGAACUGUCAAUGUAGAAGGCAAUGAUAUUAAUAACAAUGUUGAGGAGACUCUUCUGAAGGAGCAUGGCAGAUAUGGGUUUUAAGGAGAUUGACUUGAACAAAGAGAUCUUGCGUCUGAACGAGUACAACCUAGAGCAGUCGUUGGAUGAUCUCUUUGGUGUUUCUGAGUUGGCCCAAUCCUUUGAGGAGCUCUGAGAGAUGGUAAGAUGUGCCUUGUUUUCAUGAAGCCCACUUUAUCUUUUAAGUUGCGUCGUAUGUUUAUAUUCACUUCAAUAUUUGAAAACUGAGUUGGAGACUUAUUUUUAUUUUUGAUUCUUGGAGAGAUUUCCUGACAGAAACAAACUAUUGCUGAUCAAGAGUGGAGGAAAUAUUAAGGGUGUCGUUGUGGAUCCCGUUGCAGGGGAGAAAUAAUGGCAACUGCAAGAUGAAACUUAGCUUAUAUAAAGACAACUCUCUUUAUUGAUAUUUAGAAAAUCUUUCAAAACUAAACAC